AUGGGGAAGACCUUUCGCAAGAUUCAUAUCAGUUUGGCCGGUGAUUUCGGACCAAUGUCUGAAAAGAUCAAGCAGUGGGUUGAGGCCAAGAAGGAUGCAACAACUCAUCUCAUCGCGACUAAGGAUGCAUUUCGGAAGCAUGAUGCAGCAGUCCAGCAGGCUCGCAACAUCACAGGUUUGAAAAUUGUGAAACUAGAAUGGCUUGAAGAUUCCCUUCUGUCCAAAAAGAGGCGGCCCAAACGCGAGACUGAAUACCUGUGGUAUCAAACACGAGGGACUCGUAAGCGGGAUACAGUGAAGAAAACGAAUGCCGUGAUGGAUAUGGAUGCUGUGGACACGGAUGACCAUCAUAUAUUCACCGACUUUGAAGGAUUUCGUUAUCUUGUGACACUUGUGCGCCCUCUCGAAGAUAGCAAGCUCAAAGAAAAACAUACACUUCCACCAAAUGCGGGAAACAAUGGGAGAAGAGAAUGGCCAGCACAGAGCCUUUGCCGCGGAAAGACAGGGGGGGAUGUGUCCUACCCAGUAGCGAAAAUUGGUUUAGGUACGAACCAUAGGGAGCGGUAUGCACAUACUGUGGUGAAAGGUGUGGCGUCAAAUGGCGUUGCUGUCAACUGGUCCAGACAGGGUUAUCACUUUUUUCGGUGA